UGUCUAUAGGGAGAGGGCAUGGGGGAAGGGCUGAAAUCAAAGACUCGAUGACGUCAUAUGUUCUCUCUUACGUCCGCGAUCGUAUAAUAAAGACUGAGGCCAACAACUCUGAGGACAUCAUUCUCCAUUAGAGCUUGUUGAAAACCAGCGAACUUCAAAAUGUCAGGAAGAGGCAAAGGAGGUAAAGGAUUGGGAAAAGGAGGCGCCAAGCGUCACCGUAAAGUGCUCCGCGACAACAUCCAGGGCAUCACCAAGCCCGCCAUUCGCCGUCUGGCUCGUCGCGGAGGAGUCAAGCGUAUCUCCGGGUUGAUCUACGAGGAGACUCGCGGUGUGCUGAAGGUGUUCUUGGAGAACGUCAUUCGUGAUGCCGUCACAUACACCGAGCAUGCCAAGAGGAAGACCGUCACCGCCAUGGAUGUAGUCUACGCUCUCAAGAGGCAAGGACGUACUCUGUACGGCUUUGGAGGUUAAAUAAUUUGCUCAUCCCAACAACCAAAAGGUCCUUUUAAGGGCCACAUACUCAUUCUGAGAGAAUGCAUUCCUUAAAAAGAAUUACACCAACUACUUUUGUUCCAAGGCACCUCCCCCCGAAAUGCAUUUGUUCUACUUCAAAUGUACUUGUGUGUACAUUAAAUGUGCCAUUUAAAAUAGA